CUCACAAUCUCUGUCUUUUUCGCCUUCCCUUGGUUGUCUGACACUGAAACAAACACCGGGGCAAUUCUUGCAGCCUAACCACUAGGACCCGGCAUCAUGAACGCAGCCGCAGAGGGUGACAAGGCCCUUGCGGCCUCCAACGCGCCACUCGCGAUCCAACACUACACCCGCGCCUUAAUUGAGCUACCCCGCGCCCCAUCCUACUAUCUCCAACGCGCCAUCGCACGCUCGCGCGUGAAGCCAGCAGAUGGUGGACCAAACUCUCGUGAAGCCCUUCAAGAUGCCGAAAUUGCACUCUCGCUUGCCCGCGAGCGCGGUAAGCGUGAGCUCAUUCUGUCGGCACAGAUGCGCCGCGGAGUAGCCCUCUUCCAGCUUGAACGCUACGGUGACGCAAAGUUCCUAUUUGAGCUUAUCGAGUCAAAGACCUCUGGCGAGACGGAAUUACAAAAUAAAGCGGAAGGUGUCAAAGCCGCUAUGGCCGACGGAGGUAGCAAAAAGAACGGCUACGGAGCUGAGCUCCCCAUCUGGAUGGCCAAGGUCCGCCGCAAGUUGGGAGAGCUUUCUGAGGGCGAUGAGAAAGGCACCGUCUCUGUGGUUGAGUUCCCUACAGAUACACGUGUACCCACCGAGAAGCAGCUGAAGGCUGAAUGGGAGAGUCUCAAAGCAGGAAAGACGGUGGAUGGAGGAGACAAGACGGUGCCAGACAAGGGCCAAAAGGACUCCUCUUCAUCCGGUGUUUCCUCGGAUAAGACGAAAUCGGAGACCAAAGCAGCAGAGGCUUCGCCCGUUGUGGCUGCACAAAAGGUUCGCCAUGAGUGGUAUCAGUCGAAUGACUCCGUUGUGGUGACCCUCUACGCAAAGGGGAUCCCUAAAGAGAGUGUCGAGACUGAGUUGAAGGAUGACUCGGUGUCACUACAAUUUCCUCUGCCCUCCGGUUCUGGCUAUGACUUUACGCUCGACCCUCUUUAUGCUCCGAUCGAUCCUUCCGCGUCGAAAGUCUCGGUCAUGGGCACCAAAAUCGAACUGGUCCUGCAGAAAAAGACACCUGGUCAGAAAUGGAAAUCCCUCGAAGGAUCAGCCUCCAACACGACAAAGAUUGCAGACCGGCCUGCCGCACCGCAAGCCCCACUGAGCUCGGGGCCAUCAUACCCGACCUCGUCUCGACACGGCGCAAAGGACUGGGACAAAGUCGCCUCGUCACUAACUGCCAAGAAAUCCAAAGAAACCAACGAAAAGACUAAAAAGGACGACACUGGCGAUGUCUCCGACGCAGAAUCCGUGGAUUCAGAGUUUGGUGGAGAUGCUGUGGAUGGGUUUUUCAAGAAACUCUAUGCGGGUGCUGAUCCGGAUACGCGCCGCGCUAUGAUGAAGAGCUAUGUUGAGAGCCAGGGAACGUCUCUGAGCACCAAUUGGUCGGAGGUUGGAAACAAGAAGAUGGAACCACACCCUCCGAGCUCGAGCUGAUUGGGUUGUGAUUAUGAUUUAUGCAUUGUUAAUUUGGGAUUGUUUAUUUGGGAUCAUGUCGCUAUCAUGAACCACCACAUCUAGCGAAAGGUGUUAGUUUGCUUACUU